AUGACAGUGUCAGCCUCUAAGCCAAUUCUCAUCGCAGGCUCUGGCCUCGCAUCCCUUCUCCUAGCUCAAUCUCUCAAACAAUCCAACAUCCCAUUCAAGAUUUUUGAACGCGAUUCUUCAUUCGUCUUUCGCGCACAAGGAUACAGACUUCGUCUUUCAGACGAGGGUCUCGACGCAAUUGAAUCUGUUCUCGAUAAAGCUACAUGGAACCGCUUCUGGGAAGCCUGUGGCAAGACAGGUGGUAGCGGUUUCAAGGCUUUUGAUGCCAUCACUGGCGAAAAUACAGAAAAUGUGAUUGGAGAGAGUUUGUCAUCGCGCGAUGGUAAGAUUGUUGGUAUUGCGAGGGGUGAAAUGAGGAAGAUCUUUGCUCAAGGCUGUGAAGACUACAUCGAGUGGAACAAGAACGUUACAGACUACGAAUUGACCGAUGGUGGUGUCCGCGCCAUUUUCUCAGAUGGAAGCAAGUCUGUUGAAGGAUCCUUGCUUGUUGGAGGCGAGGGAAUUUACUCGAAAACGGCGACACGAGUCUCGGAUGGAAAACUCAAGGUCUACGACACUGGUGCAAGAGGUAUUCAUGGCCAGGCACCUACCACAGCAUUCAAACAACUAGGCGAAGGCGUCUUUCGACUUCGCGAUGACUCUCACCCUGAAGGAUCAUCUUUUCUCAUGACCAACGUCCGUUCUGGAGACAUGGACAAUCCCGACGUCAUGUUCGGCUGGACCAUGGGCGGCAACCCAGGUGUUAUCCGCGCACCAAACGACAAUUACGCCAUCGUAGGCAAACAAGCCGCCGACAUCGCCAGAUCCAUCUCCAAGAACUGGAGUUCAAAAUUUCAACCUCUGUUUGAGCAGAUGGAUGAAUCUGAAGCAGCGUUUUGGAAAAUCACAUGCUCAACACCAUCGGGUGUGCCGGAAUGGAAGAAUGAGCCUCGCGUAACGGUGAUUGGCGAUGCAGCGCAUUCAAUGACGCCUGCUGGUGGUCUUGGUGCGAACACAGCUGUUCAAGAUUCUGCGCUGCUGGGAAGAUUGUUGCGUGAAGCUGGUGGGUGGGCUCCCGGAGUCACGGCUUCUUAUGAGAAGGAGAUGAGGGUUUAUGGUAGUAAAGCUGUUGCGCAGAGUUAUGGUAUGGCUGCAAAGGGAUUUGGAAGUCUCAUCGAUGAGGAGACGAGUCCGGUUGUAAAUGUUCGAGCAUAA